CAGAGGGAAUUGAAGUGAGUUGUCAUAUGAUAAUAAAGAUUCUUUUCUUAUUAAUCAAAUUAGGAUUUGUUUCAGACAAAAUUUAUUGAAAUAUAUUUUCUAAACGCUGCUUAAUCAAGUAUUAUUUUAGUCAUUAGUUUCAUGCUAUUUGAAUGGCACACAUAAGAUGCAGCACUCCCAUGUAUGCAAAUAAACGUUUGAGAGUUCAAUUCAAUUUUAUACUAAGUUUCAAAUCCUUAUAAGCUUCUUCAUCUGUGUUAAAUAAUUACAAUUGAUUGUGAUAUCCAAGGUGGAAACUGUCAUUGUGUGUCACGUGAAAGUUGCUGAAUGAACUUUAUCAUAGGCAAAGUGAAUGACAGGUGGUUUUGUGAUGUCAUCCUAUACAUUUUGUUGUAGUGUGUAUUCAGGUUUUUAAACUCUAAAGAUGUGAAAUGAUGACGCAUAAGUACACCGUGGAAAGUACCGCGGAAAACAUCGGUCUGAAGGCGCGAUCUAGCAACCGGCACCUCAUAAACGAUUCUGUCGAGACCAUCGUGAGUAGUGAUGAAGGCUUUGAAGCUGGGGAAGAUGAUUCUCUCCUGGAGCCCCAUUACAUGCUGAACAAUAAGAGGAGUUUUAAAUACAAGUUUUUUUGCUGCAUAUGCCACUUAUACCAACUGUUGUGCUCAAAGUGCUGUAAAGCUAUGCCAAAAAUUUGUGGUGAACGUGAAUAUAAACCUCGAACUGUCUUUCUUGGAAGAACAAACAAUGAGAGCUUUCCACCAAAUAUCAUUAAAAAUCAAAAAUACAAUUUCUUUACAUUUAUACCAUUAGUCUUAUUUCAUCAGUUCAAAUUUUUCUUAAACCUUUACUUCUUAGUAAUGGCUCUUUCACAAUUUAUAAAAGAUGUUAGAGUAGGGUUUUUGUACACAUAUUGGGGCCCAUUGGGGUUUGUAUUGACUGUUACUUUGAUAAGAGAAGCAAUUGAUGAUUUCCGAAGAUAUAUGAGAGAUAGAGAAGUCAAUUAUAGAAAAUACAGGAAACUAACGUCUAAAGGUGUUGUUCAAAUUCCUAGUGCAAACAUAAAGGUUUCAGACCUCAUUAUUGUUGACAAAGAUCAAAGAGUUCCUGCUGACAUGGUAUUUUUAUCCACAACAGAAAAAAAUGGAUCUUGUUUCAUCAGGUCUGAUCAACUAGAUGGGGAGACUGACUGGAAAUUGAGAGACGCUGUUCCUACUACCCAAAGACUUUCUUCUACUGAGGAAUUAUUUCUAAUGGAUGCAUCAGUGUAUGCGGAGGAACCUAAAAAAUCCAUCCAUAGUUUUGUUGGAAAAUUCACAAGACAUGAUGGAGAUGGUGCCGAAGUUUCACUAGGAAUUGAAAAUACCUUAUGGGCUAAUACAGUAAUUGCAUCAGGGACUGCUAUUGGGAUUGUAAUCUACACUGGAGCUGAAACUCGCAGUGUUAUGAACAAUUCUGAGCCAAGAAGUAAAGUUGGAAUUACUGACCUUGAACUAAAUCAACAAACAAAAGUAUUAUUUGCUGCUGUCAUUGGUCUUGCUCUUGUGAUGAUGGGCUUGAAGGGCUUUCAUGGAUUAUGGUACAGAUAUUUAUUUAGAUUCAUUUUGCUGUUUUCAUACAUCAUACCCAUCAGCCUUCGAGUCAACUUGGACAUGGGAAAAAUGGUUUAUUCAUGGAUAAUUCAGAAGGAUCAAGAAAUACCCGAAACUGUCGUCAGAAGCACAACAAUUCCCGAAGAGUUAGGUCGAUUAACAUUUUUACUCUCUGACAAAACUGGUACUCUGACAAGGAAUGAAAUGGUAUUUAAAAAGCUGCACUUAGGCACAGUAGCAUAUGGAUCAGAUUCAUUUGAUGAGGUGGCUUCCCACGUAAAAACUGCAUAUGCCCCAAUCCCAUCUGGAAGUUCCUCUUCUGGGCCUUCUCCGGCCAAAAUGCCUGUGCCAAAAAUGCGGAGAACGGUCGUGACGAGAGUGCAAGAAGCGGUGAGAGCGUUGGCCCUCUGUCAUAAUGUGACGCCUGUUUAUGACGAUCCAGUUGUCAGAGAAACUUCAGAGUCAGAAGGGGACUUUGAUACCGAGGCAGACCAGCAGGGGAAGCAGUCUUUUGUUUAUCAAGCCUCCAGCCCUGAUGAGGUUGCUUUGGUUAGCUGGACUGAGAGUGUAGGAUUAGCCUUGAUUCACCGUGAUCGAUCUGAAUUGAAACUGAGAACAGUUCACAAAGAAGUACUGAACUACACUAUUCUUCAGAUAUUUCCUUUUACCUCUGAAUCAAAACGAAUGGGUAUCAUAGUGAAGGAGGAAAGUACUGGCGAAAUAAUAUUUUUUCUAAAAGGUGCUGAUGUUGUUAUGUCAUCCAUAGUACAAUAUAAUGAUUGGCUAGAUGAAGAGUGUGGAAACAUGGCAAGAGAAGGCCUUAGGACUUUGGUAGUGGCAAAGAAAGUUCUUACUGAAGAACAAUAUGCUGAUUUUGAGGUCCGCUAUAAUCAAGCAAAGGUCAGCAUACAUGACAGAAGUGCCAAAGUCACAGCAGUCAUUGAAAGCUUAGAAAGGGAUUUGGAACUUUUGUGCGUGACAGGUGUGGAAGAUAAAUUGCAAGAUAAUGUCAGGCCAACUCUAGAGUUACUGAAAAAUGCGGGAAUCAGGAUAUGGAUGCUUACUGGUGACAAAUUAGAGACAGCCAUUAGCAUAGCUAAAUCUUCUCGCCUGGUUUCCAGAACUCAGCAGAUCCACGUGUUUGAGACAGCUGCAUCUCGCACAGAAGCCCAUUUAGAACUCAACGCAUUUAGACGAAAAAAUGAUUGCGUCCUAAUUAUUAAAGGAGAUAGCUUAGAAAUGUGUUUAAAAUUCUACCCUAAUGAGUUUAUGGAACUAGCCUGUCAGUGUCCAGCAGUAGUCUGCUGUAGGUGCUCUCCAACUCAAAAAGCUGCUGUGGUGAGGCUCAUACAAAAUCAGACUGGAAGAAGGACAUGUGCUGUUGGUGAUGGGGGCAAUGAUGUAAGUAUGAUCCAAGCUGCAGACGUGGGUAUUGGCAUUGUAGGCAAGGAAGGGAAACAGGCAUCGUUGGCUGCCGAUUUUUCUGUUUUACAAUUCAGUCACAUUGCUCGUCUUAUACUUGUACAUGGAAGGUAUAGUUACAAGCGAUCUGCAGCUCUUAGUCAAUUCGUCAUUCAUCGAGGUCUCAUCAUAUCCACUAUGCAAGCAUUUUUUUCUGCUGUGUUUUACUUUGCAUCUGUAGCACUCUAUCCAGGAGUUCUCAUGGUUGGAUAUGCUACUAUUUAUACCAUGUUUCCUGUGUUUUCCCUUGUUCUGGAUAAAGAUGUAUCAUCUGAAAUAGCCCUUACAUAUCCAGAACUCUACAAAGAAUUGUGUAAAGGGCGGUCACUAUCUUUCAAGACAUUUUUCAUCUGGGUCAUAAUUAGUGUUUACCAAGGUGGUAUUAUCAUGGGCGGAGCUUUGCUGCUUUACCAAGCUGAGUUUAUCCACAUAGUGUCCAUCAGCUUCACGGCACUCAUCUUAACGGAGCUGUUGAUGGUUGCACUGACAAUAAGAACUUGGCAUUGGUUCAUGAUCGUUGCAGAGUUCUUUAGUUUGACAAUCUACCUACUUUCUUUACUCUUCAUGAGACAAUAUUUUGAUUCAGAAUUUAUAUGGUCUUUGGACUUCCUAUGGAAAGUAGCACUGAUAACCGUGGUCAGCUGCGUGCCUUUAUAUUUCUUAAAAUAUCUGCAUCGAAAAGUAGCACCGCCCAGCUACACCAAGCUUACAUAAUCCUCUCUAGUGAUUUUAUAAGGUAUUUUAAAAAUGUGUAUAAAUUUGCUUUUCAAGUUUUUACGUUAUGUUUUUGGUGUUCCUCACUCAACUUUUUUGCCCAUUUUGUACGUGAUUUAGAAACAAUGUGAUUUUGUUCCUUUAAUUUAUCCUUGUAUGUUCCUGUCUGAAGAGUGUACACUUAUUACUUUUGUGUUUGAUGCAAUGUGGUGUUUUUGAGUAUGAGCCCAAAUACAAGAUGAUUGUGUUACCCCAGGCUGCUGAUGGGGUGGAGAUGAAAAAGUAAUUUGCAUGGGUAGGAAUAAGAUUUGGUACCGUUUUAUCAAUCGAACCAUUUUGUGCUUGCUGGCAUUUGUCAUUAUUUAAAAAAAGUUUUAUUAUUCCAUUCUAUCAUCAUUAAUUAAUACUCAUUCCUUUUUACAUUUUUUUUUGUCUGAAUGUUGUUCUAAGUUUGUGUUCUCUUUGAACACAAGAAUGUGGAUGAAGUAUAUUGUGUCUGUAUAACAAUAAAUUCCCAAAUUUCGGAAAGCCAAAUUCUAUUAUUUCUUAUUUAAAUUGCUGCUAAAAUCCUAAACAAAUAGAUUUGAUAUAGUUGAAAUUUAAAUUUUUUAAACUUUUCUGUAAUUUUUUUUCUUUUACAGUGGGAAAUAAGCAUACAUAAUUUCAGUCAGUUGCUAUAAUGCAGCUAUCUUUCAGCAUCUGCUUUUAAUUUAUGGUAUAUUUUAUUGUUUGUUAAAUUGAAAAAUUAAUAAAUAAAUAGAUAAAGAGAAUAACAUUCGAAAUAUGAAGCUGUUUCUCCUCCAACCAUCACUUAUCAUUCUUCCCUUUAUGUUGAAAUACAUCCUCAACAUUACACCAAUAUGUGAUUGCUUAGAAGAAAAAAAUAAUAAACUUUUGUUUGUGUUUUUAUUAAAUGUGUGAAAUUUACGAAAAUUGCAUGACUUGGUUUUGCAGGCAUUCUUUAAAAGAUAAAUAGCAAGUACUUUCUUCUAUCUCAUCCCAUCUCAGUCAUUAUGUGACAUUUCUCUCUCUCUCUCUCUCUCUUAUUCUUUUUUUUUUUUGACAGUGCAAGACUAAAAUCUGUGAUAUUGCUGUGAAUCAACAUUGGAAAUGAAAUUGUUGUUAGUAUUUGUAUUGAAACUUGAAAAUAUUGUUUGAAUAACAUAAAUGUCUUAUUUUCUAAAUUUUUAUGCAAAAAUGGUGUGUAUGUACGUUUGUUCAUUUAAUAAUUUUCCUUCUCCUACUCUCCUUUUUUUUAAAUUUUCAAAACUCUUUCCUUGCAAGAUGUAAUGUCAAUUUUCUAAUGAUUUUCUUUGAUAUGAAUUAGGUUGAAAGUUUAAUCUGAAGUACAUUUUUUACUUUUCUAGAUUGUCAUUUGAAUUUAAACUGUGUUUUUGUUUAUCUUGCUUGUACUUAAAAAAAAUAAAUAAUUUUUGAAUAUUUCUGCUAAUAUAUCAAUGUUUUCAAAUCAUAAAUGCUUACAAAAGUAGCUUAUCGUUAAAUCUUCUGUACUCAAAUUCCUGUAAAAAAAAAAAAUUGUAAAUUGAUUAUUUUUUUCAAGAAAUGUCCUGUAUCAUCUUCUUUUCUUUAUAUCUUUAAUCACAAAUCAAGAUAGUACAAGAAAGUUUUAAAUCUCGUACACUACUUACCAUUUCAAUUUUUCUUUGAUAGAAAUUUUGACUUUUUUUUAAAUUUAAAUGUUAUUUUGUGUUUGGAGGUACUGUGAGAAGAAAAGAUAAAAGUAAAAUAACUAUUAAAUAGUGACCAAUGAUAAAGAUUCUGACCAAGUUGUACGUUUUAAUCUUAAAAGAAAGAAA